UUGAACCGACAGACGGAGUGGGCGCGUUGCUGAAUCGUGCCUCAGUAUCGCUCCGACCGCCGUCGACUACGGUUCAUUCGUUGCUCCGAUGUAUCCUCGUCGUGUCGUGGUCGCAUAAACCCUAAACGAACCUCGGUGCGAGUGAAACGCGACGCGUACGACGAGAUAGCAUCGAGAGAGCAUCGUUCGGAGUGGUGUCAAUUGAACGAAUCCCUAAUGACAAUGGGCUAAACCUGUGCAUCGAUUCUCUUGAUGACAGAGUCCGACAGAGGCCUAGUCUCGACUGGAUCUGGGUCAAUGGAUUAUCGUAAACGUAUCGCAGCGACGCGUUAAUCGAGAACUUGAGUUAAACUCGAUGAAGCGUUAACAGACAGCAUCCGACGGUGGUGACGAUAUAUAAACGGUGUUCCGGGGCACUGUAAGAUGAGCCCUGCCUCCCAAGGCGUCGUAGAGGUGGAGCGUUACAUCGGCAGUUGCCUAAUAUCCUCGAAUCGGAGGCCAGGAUCGCACAAGGCGGUCGUCAAGCAGCAAGAGCCUUCGUUACACGGAAAGACGCGUUGUUACGGUGGACAGAACCUGAUAAACACCGGCGAUCAGGUGCAAUAUGGUCCCGGCGAUUGGACAGGCGCUCCUUUGAUAUCCAUGACUAGCCCGCGCAGAUGUAAUCAGAGGUCGGUUAGCCUACAACCACAACCACAGCAACAGCCACAGGCCUGCGAGGUGUCGACACACCUGCCCAAGAAUCCACUCUCCAGGCUAGCCAUUCACACACAGGGAGCGCCGUUGAUCUUGGCAGGCCGGUUUCCCAAUCGCAAGAUACAUAACGGCGUGAACGGCAUCGCCAACGCGCUUUGCAACGCAGCGGUUAGCAGUUACGUUUACGGCAAUGGAAACGUGCUGAGAUGUCCACCGUCCCGGCCUCAGAGGCUCGCGGACCACGCCAAGAAGCAGCAAGCGAGUACAAAGUCGGACUUGUGCUCGAGCAAAGAGACCGUAGCUGUGGUCGCGAUGGGAGCCAACAUCGCCAACAUCGAUUCGUUGAGCAUCGCCAGCGACGAGAGUUCCGGAUCCAACAACUCCGAGAACAGCCUGCCCCGUAUAAUAAAGCCACGAAAGCGCAGGAAGAAGGACAGGAAACCGGUCAACAACCUGGUCGCUAUCGACGUUGUUCAACAGGAGGACCAGCAACAAGAGCCCGCGUUGGCUGUCGAGCACCCGAACUUAAAACCGUACAUGCCGGUCUGUUACGAGCAGCGUUUCGAGGCCUUGCCUCAGAUCAGGAACCACAGGAGGCUGCCAAUCGGAAGGAAAAACGUGCUGCACGGUUGCAGGGCCCAGACGCCUGGUAUACAGGAACCGACGGACGUCAAGCAAAAGCAAACGCACCGGCAUAUGGAACCGAACGACGUCAGACAGCAGGAGCAAACACACCGUCGCGUGGAACCCACCGACGCCAGACAGAAGCAAACACACCGGCGCAUGGAAGCUACCGACGCGAGGCACGAGCACGCAGACCGACAUAUGGAAGUGAAAGUGCCGGACGACAACAGACUAGUGGAAAUUCACACAGUUCCUUCGAGAGGUCACAGACACGCUCGCCAGCCGACCAACAACCUUCCGAUGUUUCUGCAGGAAUACAGCGAGCUGGCAGGGUGCAGAAACAAGGAAGGGUUAGGGUCGUGCCAGUGUCGGUACUGCGAUCCUUCGGGAGUUAUUUGGGACGUGGAUCAGAACUGUUACUCGCCCUUCUUGACCUCGAGUACCGGCCACUUUCCUCACGUGCCGUUUCUCGCCCGGCCGACUUCGAACUGCCACAAUCAGAGCAUAGAGAGGCUUAGCGGUUCGGUCCACGAGGAAAAAGACCCCGGGCCCGGUGUUGUUCUCAGACGCAGCUGGAGCGACCCGACCAGUUACUUCAGCGAGGACAACAUAGGCGCUCCUAGCAAAGACGUCGGUGUGAUCGGUGACCGGUGGCAGGGUGACAGUGGGAAACACAGGACGCUCUGGCACGGGGACACCAGCGGGUUCCUGGCGAAUAAUCCGGGACCGGGGGCCAAUAUGCCGAGCAACGGUUUCGUCUGCCAACGGCAGAAGGGUCUGGAGGUCUCCACGGAGAUCAUCACGUCGCCCAACGGUCACAGAGACCUGGAAAUCAAGUUCUAUUCGCCCUCGCUGAACGCCAACGCUCCCGACCACGAGAAAAUCCUCUUUGCCGAGGUAGUGGACGACGACGAGGAGGAUUUCAGCGACAUUUGGAGCUAUCACGAGUCAAAGUUGCAGCAGGAUUUUCGCACGUUGCUGCAAGCGGAGGAAUGAACGCGAACGAGAAAUUUGUGAUUGUGGGAAUCUCGAGCGAUGGCGAUGAGAGAUUACGCGCGAGUGAGUGAAAAAAGGUGGUACUGGAAGUUUGAAUCGAUUUGAUCGGCUGGAAAAUGAAAUCGAGGGAUUAUGUGAAACGGAAAUUUCGCGCCGUUCCGAGUCGAAAAUAUCGAUCGGUGUCGUUUGUACGUUACCGUGCGGUAGCCGAGUAGGCUGUUGCGCGCGACACGAGGCAUGUCUCAUCGAAACACGAACCACUGCGUGGAAUAAUACGAUGGCCCGAUAUUUUUCUUUGUAUUUAAAUAAACACGUAAGAAUGUGUGUAUCGCGCUCUAUACAUCGCACGUCUUACUUUAUGCAAACAUCCAGGGAACAUGUAGAGAAUCGUUUCGGUUGAAACGUGCUUCCUGGAAGCCAUGGAAAUAAAUGUAAACAAACGAUAGCGUGUUAUACGCAAAAUAUCUCUGCGUGAUAGAUCGAUAAUUUAUUCGUAUUCUGCGAUUUCACGUUUCUUCUGUAAAACUUCAACUACAAAUUUUCUAUCGAUUUGUACAGAGUUUUUAAAUAAUUGCUUGCAUUUAAAUACUUGUUGGAAAUGUACUGUACGCUUCUAACGAGAAACACGUUUAUUUGCAAAGUUAUUUUCCAGGGUAGAAAUAUUAUAGAUGAAAUUGAGCUUGUUUUUGGAGAUACAAGUCUCAGAUGGAAUAAUAUCUUCUGUUUACACUUUUUCCUAUAAUCUCCGCAAAGAUCGUUCCAAGAAAUUUAAACGCGUUUACGUAAAGUAGGACGUGCAUAUAGGAUCCACGAAAAAAUGUUUAUUCUUACGUGUAUCUCUAAAUACGAACGAAAAACAUUGGGCGCAUUUCUCGUGCAGCUUGAGAUUGUUCGCAAAAGUCUUGGACGAACCGUCCUACGUUGCAAACUACGUUUGCAAGAUGGCCCGAUUCUACUGCCAACAGAUAUAGGUCGCGUUAGAAAACGUAACGGCUCCUCCAAAAUCGCUGUUCGCUCGGCUUGAUGUAUCUUAUGCGUUUGAAAAUGAUCGUUGGGAGUUUACGCAAGUCUCGCAUUAGGUUCGAGGUUCGUACGAAGAGGGCGCCGUCUCCUACUAAAUUGUAUACCGGUGGCGCCAUUUACACGAUCGGACGAGUCGUAACUGUAUUCGCUUUAGUCGAAGCACGUCGUAACCUACAAAACGUAACACGUAACGUAACGAGCCGACCGACUACGUUUGCGAAUAGAUCGGCUCGUUCUUGUCAAAGAAAAUUUUCCUUGGUCUUUCGGACCAGCGUGAAAAAAACAUUAUGUAAUUUGUCCAAGGGUUUCCAAACUUGGCUGCACUUUACUUGUGACGGACCUAAAAUUUUUUAAUUUCUUUCACAUAAUCCUGUAGAUUUUGUCGAGAAAAAUCCGGAAAGGCUAGUUUUAAGGCGAGGAAUCGACUAGUUCGGAAAUUAUGAGCAAAAAGUGGCAUUUUACCGUACUUGACUGACACUUUCGACGCCAUGUUGUCUUGUAGCCAUACCCUGUCGGUAAAACAGAUUCUCGGUGAUGACGGAGUACAUUAUGUACCUAUAUGUACAUUUGGGCCUAUAUUUUCGGGAUUUUUUCUAGAGUACGAAUUCAACUUUUGAAUCGUCUGUCAAAUACGGUCAAAAGGUUCACCUUUAACUGCCCGUAACUUCUGAACCAGUGGAUUCCUCGCCUGAAAACUAGCAUUUUCGAAUUCCACUCGCCGAAAUCUACAGGAUUAUGUAAAAAAAAAAACUUGAAAAUUCUAGGUCCGCCAAAGUAAAGUUUAACCCGAAACUUAUUUGGCAAUCCCUGCUCCGUUUCGGGUAACGUUCGAAUCGUUCCAGCGAGCUCCUCGAAUGAUUUUAGCGCCCUCUGAAUUGUUUCGGUGCCCCUCGAAUCGUUUCUGCCCCACCUUUAAUAGUUCGAACGCCCUCCAUUUGCGGUAACGCUUUGGGAAGCCCGGUUUAGACGGUAACCGUAGAUUUUAAGGCGAUUUUAGGUUACAACCGUUGUCUAUAUGUGUAUAGAUGUCGCGCGUUGAACAGUCCACCAUUUUGUUUAGCAUCGAAACUUACACGAUGGCGUGGCAAUUUCGAAGACCGAAUCGCGGGAAAUAUUGCUCGUUAGACUUUAAACAACAUCGUAUUGCUAACGACAUUGUUCAGUAAUAUUUAGCAAUAUCGCCGAUGGCAAUAUUUCUCUCUUUCUUGUUGUUGUCCUUUACGAAAGCGGCACUACGAUUUGCGAGAAAGACGAUCGUUGUUGUCUCGAUAACAUCGUCGUUGGUAUAUUUUUCACGUAUAAAGAAAGUUGCGCACGCUAAAAAGGAAGGAGAUGGGGAGCAGAAAAUCGAACAUUUUUAGGAAUCGCCCGUUGUUUCAAAUAAUUCAGAUACGUACCUUUUUGUAUUCGUUACAAAUAUCCUUGUGUGUUUGGAAAAUUUCAUAUGCGACACAAGUUGUAAUUUUAUCGCUCGACUCCUCUCCCUCACUCUUUCUGAAUGUAUUUAUUUAAAAAGUGGUCGUUCGACGGGACUGCGACGACGAUGACGCAACGACGAUACACUCUUAUCCGACACUUAUUCGUCGUCCAGACUACCAACGUCGCUUUAGUACUGUACCGUCUCGAAAUACACUGUUUGAAAAAGUGAAUAAAGAAAGAAUAAAGAAACUCUUCUCAAGUUUCAUCGAAACCCAAACCAAACCAGACCUAAACGUCUUACCGAUCGAGCGAUUCGAAAUUUGGCGGAGAGGUUCGACGAAACUGGGUCUGUUCGCGAUAAGAAUCCUUCGGAAAAAAUACAAAUCUUUGCGUUCGAAAUCUAAGGCCAACGAUUAACGCGUCGUUUCCAAUAGUUGACACGCGAGUUGUUGGAUGAAAUUUAUGCUUGUAAUCGUUAUUAUGAUAGUAGGAUAAGCGAGGAUUACACGACAGUAAUAAAUGCGCUUCGUUAGUAAUGUUCAUUUGAAUUUCAAAGAGCAAUGUGGGAAAAUUAAUCUGAAUAACGCUUUUUUGUGUUUCUCAACUUGUUAUAUUGUGGAGUUAAUCGAUUCGACGAAUGAAAAGCUGGUGGAAAUAGUGGUAUUCUUGGAUAAGGAUAUCAACGCGACCGUACAAUCGGUUGCUUCGGUACACGAUAUUUAUGAAGGUACGCUCCACGUUGAACUAAAUCGGUUUCGCAAAACUGCUUCGAUUCUUGCGAGAAGGAUUGCCCUUUAACCGACUAUAAUAAGCGUCGGGGCCGUGUCGAGGCACAUUCUGGCAUUAUAGCGAAACCUUUCGUGAUAUGUCAAGAGGAAACCAACGAACGGGAUCUCGUUGCACUCCUAGGCCGCUUAUAUCCCUGGUUCGGUCUACAUAGUUUCUUCCAUGGAGCGAGCUCUUCGCGUCCCCAUUAUCGCGUCUGCUUCCCUCUUUCGAAAAGAAAACAA